GCGCGCGCGAGAGAGGGAGAGAUGGGGUUGGAGGCCGGCGAACCCAGCUCAAUCCUCAGCUUAUCUUCGGCCUUUUCAUAUGGAGUUGCAUCUAUGGCGAUGGUUUUCGUGAACAAAGCUGUUAUCAUGCAGUAUGUUCACUCCAUGACUCUCCUCACGUUACAGCAACUAGCUACAGCACUUUUUAUACAUUUUGGGCAAGCUCUAGGAAUGUCCAAAAGGAAAGAUCUCAGCAUGGCAACAGCAAAGAAGCUUCUUCCAGUGUCAAUUUUCUAUAAUGCAAAUGUCGCGUUCGCUCUAGCAAGCUUGAAAGGGGUUAACAUCCCUAUGUAUAUUGCAAUUAAGAGGCUCACUCCCCUUGCUGUUUUGGUGUCUGGGUUCUUACGGGGGAAGGGGAAACCACCAACACAGGUGUCACUUUCAGUUAUCUGUACCGCCUUUGGUGUCCUUGUGGCAGCACUUGGAGAUUUUUCCUUUGACUUGUAUGGAUACUCCAUGGCUCUUACGUCAGUCUUCUUCCAGACAAUGUAUUUAAUUCUGGUGGAGAAAUCAGGCGCAGAGGAUGGUCUUUCCUCAAUGGAGUUGAUGUUUUAUAACAGCAUAUUGUCACUUCCAUUUCUCUUUUUCAUCAUCAUUGCAACAGGAGAAUUUCCCCAUUCUCUUUCAGUGCUGUCAGAAAAGACAGCUUCUGUGUCAUUCACUGUUAUUCUAAUUAUUUCACUGGUGAUGGGUAUCGUUCUCAAUUACACCAUGUUUUGGUGCACAAUUGUCAACUCUGCCCUGACAACUACAAUAGUAGGAGUUCUCAAGGGCGUUGGGUCUACUACCCUGGGUUUUGUUGUGUUGGGAGGCGUCAAAGUGCAUGCUCUUAAUGUCACUGGGUUGGUGAUCAACACAUUUGGUGGUGUCUGGUAUUCCUAUGCAAAGUACACGCAGAAGAAGAAAAUGCCACGAAAGAUUGCACCUGAUGAAGAGUCGCAUCCCCACAAGUAGCACCAGGGAAGGAUGCAAAUAUUGGAGGAGGGAAAUGAUGUUGUCCAAAUUCCAAUCAUCCUAGCAUAAGAUACACCAUUUACUUGCACUGAUUGCAGAUGAUUUUGUGCUCAUCUUUUCUGAUUUUUAUGUCUCCACAUGCUUAGAAGUGUACCUUCAUACUGUCAGAAUGUUGGCCCAUGUGGCAGGCCCAUAUGUGUAUGUGGCCCAUUCUAAAUUAUGUACAUUCUAACGGCAUGUCAAAAGUUAAGUCCCAAUUGCACUAGUCAAGGUGGUGGAGACUGGAGAGUGGAGACAAAUUUAUAAGGUAGA